AAAUUGUAGGCUUAUAUAAUGCGGGGUCACGUUGAACUGCCCCCGCCAAACUGUUAUUAUUCUCCCCGAUCUUUCCGAAUACUCCGAGCUCUCUGGAAAGUCAAGACCGUUUGACGUAUCCCAAUUGUUUUGCGCAACCAGCUGUCUCCAACAUGGCACGGACAAUGAGGGCAAUUAGCAUAAAGGGUGGAAAGGGACCGGCAGAUGCACUAUUCGUCGACACCAUCCCCGUUCCUGUACCUGGUAGCAACCAGGCGCUCGUUAAAGUGAAGGCGUUCGGUUUGAAUCGCAUGGAUUUGCUACAGCGUGAAGGCCAGUAUCCAGUACCGCCGCAGGCGCCCAGUACAUUAGGUGUCGAGUUUUCGGGAACCAUUGAAAGCUUUGGUGACUAUGAUGGAAAAGAUUUCGCAAUCGGCGAUAAUGUCUUUGGUUUGGCUUAUGGUGGUGCCUAUGCGGAGUACAUUGCAGUAUCCGUCGCCAUGCUCAUUCAUAAACCCGCGGAAUUGUCCUGGGAAGAGACUGCAGGAAUACCAGAGACGUGGAUAACAGCCACGCAAGCGAUGUAUUUGGUUGGCGGGUUUGAGCCAGGCCGGUCGAUACUCUGGCACGCCGGUGCCUCUUCAGUCUCAAUAGCUGGUAUCCAGCUAUCGAAGGCUGAUAAUGCAAGCGCUAUCUAUGUGACCGCCGGAUCGCAAGAGAAGAUUGACUUUUGCGUGGAUAAACUUGGAGCGACCGCCGGUUAUAACUAUCGAACACAGGAUUGGGCAUCGGAAAUACAAAAAGCGACCAAUGGUCGGGGCGUUGAUCUGGUUAUUGAUUUUGUUGGAGCCGCUCAUUUCCAAGGAAACCUCGACGUAACCGCCCGGGAUGGACGCAUUGUGGAGCUUGGACAGAUGAGUGGUUCGACACUGCCGGCCGGUGUUGACAUUAGCGGCUUCAUCAGAAAGAGGUUGAGAUUCGAAGGCAGCACGUUGAGGAGCCGAGAUGAGCAGUACCAGAAGAAACUGCGCGAUUUACUGGUGGAACAUGCGCUGCCGAAAUUCAGGGAUGGCACUUUCAAGAUCUUCGUCGAGAAAACCUUUCCCUUCGAGCAAGUCGUGGAGGCGCAUAAGUUGCUCGAGAGUAACCGUACAAAGGGGAAGAUCAUCUGUACUAUAGAUUAGCCCUCUGAUAUUACAUACCUGGCUGGCUAAGUUAAACUGACCCAGGGUCAUUGAGUAGUAUUAUGCAAAAUGGCAAAUUCCCUUGUGACCUAGUAAUAUUACUAUCUACGGA